CGCCCCGCCCGCGCGCUCCCGCCCGCGCGGCUCCGCGGCCUGAGCAGCGGCCCGCUCCUGCCCCGCGGCCCUCGCCAUGACCGAGCAGGAGAAGGCGGAGUGGGAAAACCUAAACAAGGUAUUAGUGCGUCAUGGCUUGAAACCUGUGAGGCUUGCUGCCCCCCAAAGCUGCUGCGGAGAUAGAUCAGAUAUGUUUGUCCUAGACUGUCAGUCUUCUCUAGGAAUAAGACUUGCUUUAAAAACGCUGGUGGAAGACACUGAGCGACAGCGGAAGGUGAUGCAGGGACUUAUGGAGGCAAAUCGAUGUCUUAGAGAUGUGAUACGACUGGAACAAGGUCGGGCAUCUCGGCAAACGGAGCGGGCUAAUGAUUUGGAAAAUGUGGUGAAAAGCAUUAAGGCCAAAAUUUGUCAGCUGGAAGAUGAAACAAUAGCUAAAGCAUGCCAGCAACAGAACCAAGUCAAGGAACUUCAAAAUGAGCAACAGGCUUCACAGGUAAAAUACCAACAGCAGCAGGAAAAGCUGCAAGAGCAGGAAGAGACUAUUGCCCGCUUGCAGAAGGAGCUGAGCAGAGCUGGGAGGGAGGAGCAGCAGCGAGUUGCCACUCAAAACAAAAUGUUUUGUCAGUUUUGCAAAAGAGUUUCCAAGUCUCUCCUGGAUCACCGGAAAUAUAAAAAAGAUGAAGACGAGGUGCAGAGAGACGUAAAAAACAAGGAAGAGUUCUUAAAUCUAGAUGCUACUCCUAAUUACAAAGCACUGCUCAUGUCUUUCCAGAAGCAGCUUACUGAAUCAAAAGCCAAGAACAAACAGCUUUUGCUUGAAAAUACAGGUCUCAAGAAAGAUUUGGAAAUAAGGCCAACUGCACAGGACUUAAAAUUUUACAAGCACCAAGUGAAGAAAUUACAGAAAACUUUAAAGAAAACUACCCAAUUUUCAGGGAGCAGGACCAGAGAAGACGGAGAAGAAAAGAAAGAUUCUGGGAGAAUUGCAGAGGUGGAUCAGCUGCAGGCUACUUGUCAGCAAUACUUGCAGGUUUUGUCCCAAGUUGAUUCUAUUUUGCGAAGCCCAAGAGUUCCUCCAUUAAUAUUCCAGUCCAGCAAAGGACCAGUGCAAAAUUGCAUUAAAGAGAAUGGUCAGGGGUGUGGAUUUGAGCACCUUCCACUCACUAUAAAAAUGUGGGCAGAUCAGCUCAUUGCCCUAAAGGAUUUGCAUAGGUCCCUGAGAAAACUGUCUCUGGAACUGCUGCCUGGGAACACUAAAGAUCCACAGGAUAAUAGAGAAUCCUUACAAGUUGAAGACCUCCAGCUGAUGGUAGAUGCAAUUUUGGAAGAAUUAGAACAUAAGGAAAAGAACAGCCAGACACAUUCCUUGCAAACCCUGUCUGCCAUAGUCUCUCACUUCCAGAAGUUGUUUGAUGUGAAUUCUCUGAGUGGUGUUUAUCCACGGAUGAAUGAGGUUUACGUAAAGCUGGGGGAAAUGACCAAUGCCAUGAGGAAUCUCCAGGAGCUCCUGGAACUAGACAGUUCAGCUCCACCCACUGUGGUAGUGGAUACUGUUGGGAAACUGUGUGACAUCAUUAAUAAGAACGUGACUGAGCAGGUACAGCAGCUUCUGGGCACCCAAGACAUCCACAGUAUCAUCAAUAAGCUUGAAGAACAUGACCGCUUCUUUCCACCCUUUCAAGCUCUCGUUCAGGAUUUGCUGUGUCUUCUCGAGAUCAGUAAUGUGGAUGAUAUUUUACCAGCAGUGCAAAAUCUGAAAUGGGGAGCUGGUUAUGGGUGACUCUGCUCAAGAGUCAAGAUUUCUCUUACCUGUGAAAGUACCUGCUGAUGCAUAUUACAUUGCAGCUACCUCCAACAAUUCCAGAUUUUUUAACAUAAAUAAAAGUUGCUACAUUUUUAAAGUGGUUUUUUUUUUUUUUUAAUUCUUAGUCAAUAUAAGAAAAAUUUUGAUUGCUAUCAACUGGUCUACUCAGUGCCAGAGAGAGAACCAAUAUACUCUGUAUCAGUCCAGGAAGCUGAACCCAGCACACCACCAGGCAAACUCUAACCACUAACCAUUUUUAAUGUUGCUGACACAGUAAGUAGGAGGUAAAGAUGCCCUUACUGCCAUAGCCAUCACACUUACACAGAUGCUCAAUCUUGGUUUUCUGGAGAGCCUCUUUUAAAAUGUUUUUCACAUUUCCAGAUCAGUUUGGGAUGGGAACACAUUUUUACUCAGUGAGCAUUCUGUCUGAUUAUGGAAUGAGUCACACUGGAUUAAUGUAAUCUAGGCUAAAAAUACUUGAAAUUUGCUUCAGGUGAUGGUUUGAACUUACCAUCAUUGUAUUUCAAAAAUCAGUUUUAGAAGGCAAUAGAUCAAGUCUCUUAUGCAAGAUAAUUAGAAGUUUAUUGUACAGAAACAAGUACACCAAGCUUCC